AUGAAGGUGAUAGCUGCCAUUGAUCAAGGAACACAGUCGACGAGAUGCAUCUUUUACGAUGAACAGUUGCAACCCCUUGCAACCGCAUCUAAGAAGCACAAACAACACUAUCCCCAAUCAGGGUGGUGCGAACACGACCCCUUGGAAAUCAUGGAAAGUGUAUAUGCUACCAUGAACGACGCUUUAACUCAGAUUAAAUCACAGUGUGGUGAAGUAGAAAUCGUUGGGGUUGGCAUUACGAACCAGAGGGAAACAAUAGUUGCAUGGGAUGCUGAGACAGGCAAACCAUUACACAAUGCAAUCGUAUGGCUUGACAUACGCGCCGAAGCUGAAGCACAAGAAUUGAUCACCCAGUAUGGCUCUGCAACCUUCUUCGUGGAAAAAACGGGGUUGGUAAUAAACUCAUAUUUCUCCGGUGAGCUUGAAAACGUUGAAGCAAACACGCAUAUCAUUGCAGCUAUUAAACUCAUGUGGAUGUCAAAUAAUCUGCCUUGGUUUAAGGAGGCUGUGGAGAAGGAGACAGUUCGACUUGGGACCAUCGACACAUGGAUUAUAUACAACCUGACGGGGAAAUAUGCGACAGAUGUGACUAACGCUUCCAGAACUUUGCUCAUGGAUAUUAACAAGGGUAAAUGGAGCUCGCAGAUGUUGCGCGUGUUUGAUCUAAACGUCAACGUCUUACCUGAAAUAUUGCCAAAUUGUGCCGAUUUUGGGAUCAUCGACAACACAAAUGUCCCCGAAUUUAAAAACGUAAAAAUUACUGCGUCCAUCGGAGAUCAGCAAUCGGCAUGUAUUGGGCAUGGAAUAUUCGAAACAGGUGCAACCAAGUUGACACUGGGUACUGGAGGAUUUGUGUUGACGAACACUGGAACUAAAAGAGUGAGAUCGACUGGCGGGUUGCUUUGUACGCCGUGCUACAAGUUAGGCCAAGAUUCAGACAUGGUCUAUGCGCUUGAGGGUUCAAUUGCUAUUGUUGGUGCAGGAAUCACAUGGUUAAAAGAGAUGGGAAUGAUAAAUACCCCGUCGGAGAUAUCUGACGUGCUGAGGGAGUGCUCUAGCUCUGGUGGCGUGGUUUUCGUACCUGCCUUCUCGGGGCUGUUUGCCCCUAGAUGGAGGGCAGAUGCAAGGGGUUGUAUCAUGGGUAUGACGCAACACACGAAGCGAAAACAUAUUAUACGGGCAUUUUGUGAAAGUAUAGCAUUUCAACUGCGUGAAAUCCUACAAUUUUUACUGAAAGACAUGGACAUGGAAGAAGUACCAUACAUCUGCGUCGAUGGAGGAAUCUCUAAAAACGCAGAAUUGUUGCAGCUGAUAUCAGAUAUAGUUGAAACGCAUCUAGGUUUGUCAAAUAUGCUCUCUACGCACCUGUAUUCAGAAGUUUCGGGGGUUGAAGAAACCACUUGCGCUGGAGCGGCGAUGUUGGCGGGGAUUCAAGCAGGAGUUUGGAGCAGCAUAGAUCAUGUUCGCCAAUUUAUCAGUAAACGCCCGAAAAGGUGGACGCCGCAAAUGUCUGAAGAUGUACGGAAGGUAGCGAUAGACUACUGGAACCUUGGUGUCAAUCGAUCAAUGCUUUGGCAGCUAUGA